CUUCAGGAGAGGAGCAGACAGCUCUUGGCUAGGGUCAGAUUUCAAAUUCUUAUCUUUUGGUACCAAUUCCACGGCCAGUUCUUGGCAGUUAACUUUUGAAAUCUGCCUUGAGUUCGACUUGGUGUCUGAAGAUCAGCAUAGUACCUGUGGUACUCAUCUUCAGGGAAUCACUAUCCUUCUUCUCAGGAAAACAUCUGCUGUACAGAACUUUGCUUUUGGAAACAUCUUCUUGCUAAGACCUGGUUGAAAGCAACGUUCCAGCAUCAUACUUCCCAGCAUGGAGGCAAAGAGCUUCAGUGUUUGGGAUUAUGUUGUAUUUUCAGCCCUCUUUGUCGUUUCCUGUGGAAUCGGAAUAUUCUUUGCCAUUAAGGAGAGAAAAAAGGCAACAUCUCGGGAGUUCCUGGUAGGGGGAAGGCAAAUGAGCUUUGGCCCUGUAGCCUUAUCUCUGACGGCCAGUUUCAUGUCAGCUGUCACUGUCUUGGGGACACCUUCCGAGGUCUACCGCUUUGGGGCAUCCUUCAUUCUUUUCUUUAUCUCAUAUACAUUUGUCAUCAUUUUUACAUCAGAGCUCUUUCUCCCUGUGUUCUACAGAUCUGGCAUCACUAGCACUUACGAGUAUCUACAACUACGAUUCAACAAAGUGGUUCGCUAUGCAGCAACUGUCAUCUACAUUGUGCAGACGAUUCUCUACACAGGUGUGGUGGUAUAUGCUCCCGCCCUGGCACUCAAUCAAGUGACUGGGUUUGAUCUCUGGGGCUCUGUGUUUGCAACAGGAAUUGUUUGCACAUUCUACUGUACCCUGGGAGGAUUAAAAGCAGUGGUGUGGACAGAUGCGUUUCAGAUGAUUGUCAUGAUUGUGGGCUUCUUAACAGUUCUCAUUCAAGGAUCGGCUCACAAUGGUGGAUUACAAAAUGUAUUAGAGCAAGCAAGCAAUGGAUCCCGACUUCAUAUAGUUGAUUUUGAUGUAGAUCCCCUCCGGCGGCACACUUUGUGGACAAUAGCAGUGGGAGGAACUUUUACAUGGCUCGGAAUCUAUGGAGUUAAUCAAUCAACCAUCCAGCGAUGCAUCUCUUGCAAAACAGAGAAGCAUGCUAAGCUUGCCUUGUACUUUAACUUGUUGGGUCUCUGGAUCAUUCUGGUGUGUGCUGUCUUCUCUGGAUUGAUCAUGUACUCCCACUUCAAAGACUGUGAUCCUUGGACUUCUGGUAUGAUCUCAGCACCAGACCAGCUGAUGCCUUAUUUUGUCAUGGAGCUCUUUGCCACAAUGCCAGGACUUCCAGGACUUUUUGUGGCUUGUGCCUUUAGUGGAACAUUGAGUACCGUGGCUGCCAGCAUCAAUGCCCUAGCAACAGUGACCUUUGAGGAUUUUGUCAAGAGCUGUUUUCCCCAUCUCUCUGACGAGCUGAGCACCUGGAUCAGUAAAGGCUUAUGUCUCUUAUUUGGCAUCCUGUGCACCUCCAUGGCUGUGGCCGCAUCUCUCCUGGGGGGCGUUGUACAGGCUGCCCUCAGCAUCCAUGGCAUGUGUGGGGGACCAAUGCUGGGUUUAUUCUCUUUGGGACUUGUGUUCCCUUUUGUGAACUGGAAGGGUGCACUAGGAGGCCUCAUUACUGGAAUCACUUUAUCAUUUUGGGUGGCCAUUGGGGCCUUCAUUUACCCUGCACCAGAUUCUAAGACAUGGCCUUUGCCGCUAUCAACAGAGCAGUGUUUCCACUCAAAUAUGACGACAGCAGCACCUCCAGAGCUAUCUAACAGGCCCACCAUUGCUGAUACCUGGUACUCGCUCUCCUACCUUUACUACAGUGCUGUGGGCUGCCUCGGAUGCAUCAUUGCUGGAGUAAUCAUCAGUUUCAUAACAGGUCACCAAAGAGGCAAGGAUGUUGACCCACUCUUAAUUAGACCAGUUUGCAAUUUAUUUUGCUUUUGGUCUAAGAAAUAUAAAACUCUGUGCUGGUGUGGAGUUCAGCAUGACCGUGGGACAGAGCAGGACAACCUUGCGAAUGACGGUGCCUGGAAACAAGGGGCUGAAUCUGUCUUGCAGAAUGGACUCCAGCAAGAAAGCCUGACUCAUGUUCCAGGAUAUGACCCCAAGGACAAAAGCCAUGACAAUAUGGCAUUAGAGAAGAUGACCUAUUUUUAGGACAAUACAUGCAAGCGUGUACAUAUACAGGAACACACACACACACACACACACACACUUCUUGCCUAAUGUUAGUAGAGAUGUAUAGCAGUCAUUAUUUUUAGUCAUUAUUAGAAGAAAAGGCUGCUCAAUAUCUAUUUAUACUUAUUUAUACAAGUGAAAUGACUGUUCCCUAGGAUAUUCUUUGCAGAUCCCCAGUUUGAAGUUACAAAAAAUCAGCAAUGCUCUACAUGCCCGGGGAUUUCCUUCUUUAAUAAAUUAGGACUAGAUUUCACCAUAGUGGAAGGAGUCAAAGAAUAUGAUUUGUGUCAUAUAAAACUUCAGGUUUUUGUGUUUAUUUUGUUCUUUGUGUGUGUGUGUGUGUGUGUGUGUGUGUGUGUGUGUGUGUGUGAUUGAACACAGGGCCGUGUUCAUGCUAAAUACCUGUUCUACCACAGUGCUAAACCACCAACCUAUGUUUUGUAGUUUUACCAUCAGUAUCUUGGAGCUAUAGAAACAGAAUGGGAAAAGGGAAUCUGCCUGGUAAAUUCUACCCUGACACUGUUGGUAAAAUUAGAAUGAUUCUGUUUUCAACCUCAUGCCUCACAUAUAUGUAGACUGUAUAUGUGUACAUUUAUAUAUUUAGAAAUAACAUGUGCUUAUUUUAAAUAUUGGAAAGUAGCUGGAUUUUGCUAACCACUUUUUUCCAGCAUUAAUAACUUUGUAGUAUAACCUAGUUCCAAACAAUUAAAAUGUAUUUGAAUCAUCGGUGGUACAUAUGAAAAUGAUACAACAUUCUAAACGAAUCAAUUAUAGCUCAGAGUAAAUAAUCUAAAGAGUUAUUAUUAUUUGUAAUUUUUGGAAAUAGCUAAAAUUAUUUCCUUUCUCAUCCCCAAAUCCUGAUUUGGUGAAUGUAGUUUGCAAACUCCUACAUGAAUAACAGUCUUCAGUCUACUUUUCCAGUACUGUACUUUUGGUAUUUGAAGUAUAGUUACUUUCAGAAGAGAGUUAACUUUAUAAAUAUUUGGUUACUUUAUCAUUACAUUAUCUUUACCUGGAGUAUGAGGCUUUUGUCACAAAUUGGAAAAAUAGCCAUUGGAGGAAAAUGUCAGCAAUGGUAUUCUCUGAAUCAGUAGGAAGCUUCAUAAGUGGAUUUUGCAUUUCCAAAAAUAUAUGCAUCUUUUAAUGUUAGAGUCCUGAAUACUUCAAAAAAGAGUGGCAUGUUUUUACAACUAGUGAAUCUUAGGAAAAAUUUCUGGAGAAUGAUUUGUAAUUAAGGUAUAUAAUUAUGUUUCUUUUAAAAAUAAAUUCUGGUUGAAGAGCAUUGCAA